AUGAGUGAAAACGCUACUUGGAACCAUGAAAGGAGAAGACAAAAGUCCAUUAAUAGGGCUCAACGAAUGAGGGCUAGGCUUGUUCCAUGGUCUAUCGCACUUUUAGUAUUAACAGUAGAGAUAUUCCUGUUGAGCAGCUUCUUCGGAAAGUAUUUCCUAUAUAGUUUGAUACCCUCCAAAGUCAUAAUAGUGCUAGAGUGGCUAGUUCUGCUCCAUGUUUUCACAACGAACUUAUGGUUGGCGUACAAGUCUUUGCCAGAAAGUUCAACAGAAAUUCGUUAUAAAAAAAGAACUUCAGAACAGUCCAACACAUCAGUAUUAGAUAAGUCUCUCAACACAUCGCGGAAAGCUGAUAGUUCCUGGGUUGAAAGCCACUCAUUCGGAUUUACUUCUAGCCGGAUUUUUAGUCAUGAACCAAGUUCAUCAACUCCUAGAAGUAAUCAUGGAAAUGUACCUCUCGAUGUGUCAUCGGAUGGGUUGAUCAGUCCCAUAUAUCACCAUUCGAAUGCUAGUCCGUAUUCUAAAUCUGUGGAUAGUAUUCACACAAGGGACCAAUUGGAUCGACUCUUAAGAAAGAGUACUGACGAGAGCCGAGGAGAUCUCUCGACUUCCUUUAAUAAUAGUUCCAUUUCUUACUUUAAUUUGCUCGAUGCUAGUGGAUCAGAGAAGAAGCCAUAUCAGCUAUCAGAAGCUUCUAAAGCUGAUAAAAAAGAUGGUGGAGUUGUUCGAAUCGACUCUUCUGGUAGAGUUUAUCUCUCACCCGUUCCAAGAGGUGGUGAUGGAGAUAUGGAUGAUCUUCAAAGACUCAAAGUCUCUCUUAUGAACGUGAAAAACACGAGCAAGAAGACUGGAUCACCUUUGCUCCGUCGAUCAGAAUCAAACGAGAGAAGACGUAGAAGCUUCUCCAUCGCUGACGGUUCAAUCUCGUCAGUUUCUUCUUCUCCCAAGAUCGAGAUGAGCUCUUCUCUGGAUGAAGAACGUUUGUUACGAGGAGAGCAGCUUGUUCGUGUAUGGAUUUCGAAUUCCAUCUUGAGUACAUUGAGCGUAGAAAUUAAAAAUGUGAACAAAGCUCUCGAAGAGGAUCAUACGACUUUGCGUAUUGGAUCUGCUUCUGUGGAAGCUUUGAAGACUGCUUUGAUCUCUAAAGAAAAGUUGAAAAGCACAACUUUGCCUUACUUGCUCCCCUAUCUCUCGUUCCAUACCAAUCAGGCUUAUCUUGUUUCUCGCAUCUUAGAAUUUAGUGCUGAUCCCUUCAUCUCGAACUUCAGUUGGAACAGUGGUGGAACUGAGCCCGUCUCUGAGGAAUCUGUAAAUGGAAGAAUUGCCCGACGAGCUUGGAGCGAUAGCCUGCCAACUGACAGUGCAUUGUUGUUCCACAUUUUCUGUACUUAUAUGGAUAGUAAGGUGACAUCUAAUCCAUUGGUAGGAUCAGCCUCGUUAUCUAACCCAUUUUCUGCCGUUUAUACACUCAUUUCACCCCAAAAACCAUCUGCCAUCCAUAAUGCUCCUGGUUCUUUCUAUAUUCAUAUGUCUUCGGCAUCGCCUCCUCAAUUUGAGCUUGUUCACACAGACUCUAAUGGUGUGACAUCGCGAACUGUUGUCGCCAAGGGUCCCAAUAACUUCUUCCGAACAAUCGUUCAUUUUAUUUAUUAUGCUAAGGUCUACAAUGAAAGUCGAAUUGAUGUAAUGAACAUCGGAAAAACUGGAUUAAAUCUUGCGUGUAUUUUGGAAGCUUAA